GGCUUCGUACUAGUAGCUUCUCGGCGCAUGUUAACGUUGAUCCAUCAGGCCUCAGGUCGGCCCAUCAGUCACAGCCUUGAUAGGCCCUGCCAGCCUUAUUUGACAGGCAAGCACCUGUUAUAUUCGGAGGUGCCUUGAUGUACCUUGCACCGUGUCCAAAUGAUAUAGUACAAUGAGUUUUUUUGUCUGCCUGAUUUUGUAGUUUCAAUCGCCCCCCACUCUGGCUAAUGAGCUUUUAUACUGGUGUCGUACCUGCAGACGGCCUCUCUGCAGAGACUGGCAUAAAUUGGUCACUCCAACAGACCCGGACAAAUCUCCAGUCUCCUACUAGUGUCAGGGCUACGUCUAACUACGGCAAUUAUGCAGCACCACUCACUCCUGCGCAAGCAUAUGCGCGCACUUUUGUCUCUGAACAACCUGUUUUGCAAUACACCAUCGAGCGCCAGCAGUUAGAGAAACCAUCCGAUCAACAACCGGGGCUAAAUUUGCAGUCUCUAAUCGGUGUUUCCGCGCCUACACGCGGUCAAUCAUACGCUCAGCGUCUGUAUGCCAGCUCGUUAAGCACGCAGCCCCAAGCUCAGACCCACCAGCAGCCUACCAGCAGGCAGCCUUCCUUUGAACGUGGAGAAUCUUCAAAAAGCCGAGUUCCGGCUGGCCCACGGGCUCCUUAUGGUGCCAGAGCGUCUCUCAUGCUGAAUGCGGAUCAUACAAACGCUCCUCAAACUAUCUCUGCCCUUGAUUUCUACCACAACAGCAUCCCAAUAUUUGAUCUUCAGUUACCACAGCCGUUACCUGGACGAGGCACCAAUUCCCCAGGAGCUCCGCACCCUCAGUCAGCAACAGGUUCCGCUUCACGCAUCCCCUUGGCUCAUUCCCCAGUUCCUAUUCAGGUACCCCACGGCCUGCAAGCACCCAGUAGGCGUAGCCCAGUUCCAGUGGAACCCUCCGAUGGGUCUCCGCCAUCGCCUGCUGGUGGCCCCCGGCGGUCAAGCCAGGCGAGGUUGCACAGCAGGAACCCACAUACAACGCAUGUGAUACCAGGCGGCUCAACGUCAUCAGACAUCCCUCUACGGCCUGAGAGCGUGAACAAUGCCAUAGCUUCACCUGUUCCACCAGAGACACCCCUAAGGGAGUCUAGUUCAUACUUGCAGGAUUGUUCAAGAGGUGUGGUUGUGACCACUUCUAACCCCAAGUCCGUGACUCGACCUGGUGAUUCCUCGCCUGCACCUAUACAGAUUGAGAGUCUUGGUAUCAGCAGUUCUGAAGAAGUACCGUUAUAUUCCCUCGUUGACGACGAACCUCCUCCCCCAGACUUCGACGAGUCGCAAUCCAUGUGUAGCGUGAUCGGGGAGAGCACAUAUCACGCUGAAUCAUCUGUAAUACUAUCACUCCCUGAUGUACCCUCUCCCACACCCCACGAGUCCGAUUCUGUAUCUGGGGCUGUACCUUCAACAGGUGCAGAUGCUCUCUCAUUUGUCGGGACCCCUCGCGCACUUUCUCUAGAACCUCUCUCGGGAUCUCCGCAAACCUCACUGGCCACAGCAGUAGCGUCAUACCCUACGGGAAAAGCACCUGAAGAUGUUAAGGAGAAAUCGUAUGAUGACUCUGCCAAGGAUUCUAUGCCCAAGUUCUCUGAGAGGUCAUCAUCCAUGGAAGCUUUAUCGUCAUCUCGAACCCCAUCCGAGCAGGUGCCUUCAUAUAGGCAAUCUAGGUAUAACACCGCUCCUCAGGACAUACCGCAUCCCUCUAGUUCCCCGCCGGGCCCCCCACACAAUUACACCUCUGCGAAGACUUUUUCUACAGCACCACUACCCGCUCUUCCACUGAGGAGUUUUGUGGUUCCUACACCAGCGACUAACACAGCUUCCGCAUCCCCACCCAUGAUGCCUGCAUCUCCUCCAUUAAGCCCAAGGGUGUCCUGCUGUGAAACCGGCUGAAGUUCAAUCAGCUACUUUCUCCUCUCUUCGACCGGGUAGCAGCUACCGACCAUCUAACUCAUCUCUUCCUCCAAGAGUCAG